AUGGUGAGUGCAGGUUACGGCCCAGGCUGCAAACAGACAGUCAGACCCAAUUCGUUUCAGAUCCAUUUCCUCCUGCAGCCGCUGACCAUCGACUGGCCGUUCGGAGGAACUUUGACUUCUGAGAAAAAGCACAGCGGGACUCUGUCCCACACCUCGGUUUUCCCACCUCCGUCCUUUUUCUUCCGCACGCCUGCACACGUCAGCUCCAUCAGACACUGUCCAGAUGUGUUCCUGAUCUCCGUGGAUGAGAGAGCCAAACAUGAUCAGCAGUUUCUCAGCCUCUCUCCGACGGCGGGGGGUUACAUCACAGGGCUCUGGCUGACAUGA